GCAAACUUCUCGUUUGAGCUUUUCCCAUUCGAGUGCCAGUCGCCCUAGUCCUUCUUGGCGCGACGACAUCAACUUGGAAUUCAGUGGACACGGUAGCGGAUCCUACAAUGCAGUUGAAAGUGAGAAAGCGAGCGGAGGCUGAGAAUUUUACGCUGAUAUAGCCUAUCUUUAACGUUUUUUUUUUCCUUUUCCUUAACAUUAGAUUUUCUGAUACAAGGACACUAACAUCUACAGCAGUCAUACCUUCACAAGCACAGUCACGUAUUCGCGCGGUCACAUUAAAAACAUAAUCACAAACACACUAAUAACAUAUCUUUAUUUUACGAAGAAGGACGUCAACCUUUUUGGAUCGAGACAUGGAUCUAUGGUUCUGUUCGACCCGAAUUUGCUGGUGGAGGGUAUUGUUUCUCAUGAGCAUCUUCCAAGACUAUUUGAGCUCAAUGCUGGACUGCCCGCCAACCUGCAGCUGCUCACCAACAGAGAUAUAUUGCAAUAAGUCCGACAAUGGGAAAUUCUUCCCUUUGCUUGCUCUUCAAGAUACAGGAAGCAGUGGCAAUACAAGUGUCGAUAUAGAAGACUUGUUCAAGAAUAUCACGUCCAUACAUAUAGAGAACUGGACGGGCCUCCAGACUCUUAAAGAUGUGGAUAUGGAGCUCUACACUGGACUACAGAGACUAACGAUAAUGAACUGUAAUCUGCGGGUGAUUCAGCCAAGGGCGUUCGCUCAGAACCCUCAUCUACGCUACAUAAAUCUGGCAAAGAACCCCCUGAGCACGCUGUCAUGGCAGCUGUUUCAGAACCUACAACUAUCUGAGCUUAGGCUGGAUGGCGUGGUGUUUGAGUGCGGCUGUGACAUCCGCUGGAUCCAGCUGUGGCAGCAGAGGGGGGAGGCAGGGCUGCACACCCAGCAGCUGUACUGCAGGAACGGAGCCUCCAAGAUCGAGCUCCGCCACAUGUACAUUGGCAACUGUGACCUGCCUGAGAUCAGUGUGAGCCACUCUAACCUGACAGUGAUGGAGGGGGAAAACGUGACAGUAAGCUGCAAUGGAUCAGGAGCCCCCCUCCCGGAGGUGGACUGGGCUGUUGGUAGUCUCCACUCCAUCAACACACAUCUGUCCAACGUGUACUGGCCCAACAUCCACUCUAUCAACAUGACGCUGGUCAACGUUAGCCGUGACGACAACUGCUUCCAGCUGACAUGCAUCGCUGAGAAUGUGGUGGGGAUGACCAACUCUUCCAUCCAGCUCAAUGUUCAGUUUCCACCAACCAUCCUCAAACUGGCGGAGCCAGAGCGUCGCCAUGACACCUGUAUAGAGUUCACGGUGCGGGGUUACCCCCACCCAACGCUGCGCUGGUACCACAAGCAGAAGGAGAUCCUCCAGAAUGCCUACAUCCGCACAGAGAUGGAGUUCUACCAGGACUACCUGGAAGGAUGCCUGACCUUCAAGAACCCCACUCACUAUGACAACGGCAACUACACGCUGGAGGCCAGUAACGCCCUCGGAACCGUGACCAAGACAGUCUACGGACACUUCCUGGCGGCCCCUCCGUUUGAAGAAAACGUUGCCCCCACACCAUCGGACAAUGAGUCUAACAGACCAGAAGAGGAUACAUUUGGCGUGUCCAUUGCAGUGGGCCUGGCUGGCUUUGCUUGCGUGCUGCUCAUAGUUCUGUUCGUCCUCAUCAACAAAUAUGGCCGCCGCUCCAAGUUUGGAAUGAAAGGACCAGUGGCAGUGAUCAGUGGUGAGGAAGACUCUGCCAGUCCCCUUCAUCAUGUCAACCACGGCAUCAUCACCCCCUGCACCCUGGAUGCUGGUCCUGAUGCGGUUGUCAUAGGGAUGACCCGUAUCCCAGUCAUAGAGAAUCCUCAGUACUUCCGGCACGGACAUAACUGCAACAAGCCUGCCACCUACGUACAGCACAUAAAACGACGUGACAUCAUCCUGAAGCGUGAGUUGGGAGAGGGGGCAUUCGGGAAGGUCUUCCUGGCGGAGUGCUACAACCUGAGCCCAACCAAGGACAAGAUGCUGGUGGCUGUCAAGACCCUGAAAGAUCCCAACCUGUCAGCCAGGAAGGACUUCCAGAGGGAGGCGGAGCUCCUUACCAACCUGCAACACGAGCACAUCGUUAAGUUCUACGGCGUGUGUGUGGAUGGAGACCCGCUCAUCAUGGUGUUUGAGUACAUGAAGCACGGAGACCUUAACAAGUUCUUGAGAGCUCAUGGGCCUGACGCCAUGAUCCUAGUGGACGGCCAGCCGCUGCAGUCCAAUGGGGAGCUGGGCCUCUCUCAGAUGCUUCACAUCGGGACACAGAUUGCCUCCGGGAUGGUGUACUUGGCCUCCCAGCACUUCGUCCACCGGGACCUGGCCACGCGCAACUGUCUGGUGGGCAACGGUUUGCUGGUGAAGAUUGGAGACUUUGGGAUGUCCAGAGAUAUCUACAGCACUGACUACUACCGGGUGGGAGGACACACCAUGCUACCCAUCCGCUGGAUGCCUCCUGAAAGCAUCAUGUACCGGAAGUUCACCACAGAGAGUGAUGUUUGGAGCUUUGGGGUCAUCAUGUGGGAGAUCUUCACCUACGGAAAGCAGCCUUGGUUUCAGCUAGCUAACAACGAGGUCAUUGAGUGUAUAACACAGGGUCGUGUCCUGGAGAGACCUCGUGUUUGUCCCAAGGAGGUGUAUGACAUCAUGCUAGGGUGCUGGCAGAGGGAACCCCAACAGCGACUUAACAUAAAGGACAUUCAGAAGGUCCUCUUCGCCAUGGGCAAAGCCACACCUGUCUAUCUGGAUAUCCUUGGCUAGCACUAGUCAGACUUGUUUGUUCCUCGCCAGACAGACAGACACACUGACUGACUGACAAACACAAACCAGGAAUAACCAAACAACCUGUACCUUACUGCGCCACUGUCAAAACACCUACAAGUUUGGGAAGGACUUAAGUGCCUGCAACACUUUUCGAUAUACUGGAUAAAAAGUAUCAAAAAGACGCACUUUUACAUUUUGUUUACUUACAUAUAUGAUGUAUAGUUAUACAGUUUCUGAAAAACUGCAAAAAAUAAACAAAAAAUUUAAAUGUAAAAAAAGGGAAGACACAGUGAUGUUUGCUCUUGGUAUGGCGACAGCACGACAGGGGAAGAAUAUUUCCUGUAUUUCAUUUUAUAAAUAUACAUAGAUAUUACAUACAGUAUAUUUUCUAUUUAUUUAGUUUUUUUUCAAGGUGUCAAAAAGUCUGCCAUGUUUGUCGAUAAGGGCUUGUCCCUGUGUGAGGAAUGCCCUCUAAUAAUGACAAAUGGCUGGCAGGGACUUGAUGAAGAAAGCCUUACUGCUGUUUGAUUGGCUGAGACCAAUCUAUUAUGCCGAUGAAGGACAAACAUUGGAUGGUUAAAAAGGAAUCAGUAAAAAAAAUUGUGAAACUACCCAAUCAGUCAACAAAUCGAUUUUAAUUUAAAUGAAUGUACAUAAUGUAAAUUUCAAUGUGUGUUAUGUUAACUUAUUUUCUUUUUUGGGUUAUUUUAGUUAUUUUUCUGACACAGUGGGGAACAUGGACUGGGUUUUCUAAAUAUUAUAUGAAAUAUAUGUUUUAAAUCAUGAAAAAGGGAGAAUAUAGGUUAAUGUUGAUAGUUUUUUGACUCUGUAACUUAAACAGAGAAUGAUAAUACAGUGGAGGACGUAGGACAGAGAGACUUUGUAGAGUGUGGAGUAUGCCGAGCCUUUACUCCAAAUUAUGUUUUGCCAAGAGGUGAUAAAAUCUUAUAUUAACUUUCCAGUUCAUUUGCUUUUUAAGACUAGAAUAAUGCGAUGAUAAGUACUGUCUUUCAUGCCACCCAUACUCAUACUGGACCUCCAAACAUACAUACACACUUUGAUUUUUUGUUGUUGUCAUUUCCAUGCUAUGUAGUGUAAAACUGUCCAGAUCAAUUCUUAAGAAAACACAUUUCGUAUCAGAGAAUAUUAAUGAUGAAUUUUAGACAUGUGUAACUUACACAGCAUAAAGACUCACAAUACUAUGAGGAAAAAUAGAUACUGUCAUUUUAGAUAAACAUUUUCACAGUCUCACAUGACAUAAUCUUCAUCCAGUAAGAGCUGUAUUGGAUGCUUGUUUUUUGAUUGGAUACAUGAUUUUAUAUUCCAAAGUAUUUCUCAUUUAUAUUUAUUAAUAAUUUAAUAAUGUAUGACUCUCAUCCCCUCGAACGCUCAUCCUGUUCCUGUGACCUUUGCAUGUUCACCUAAUUGGAGGUUAAUUUAAGCUUUUUACCCUAUAAGUUUAGUUUAGUUUCGUUCUGUUUUGUGCAUUUAAAAUCUGUGGUAUGUAAAAGCUUAUACACUGAUCACAGUUCCAUACUUCAUAGGCCUGAUACUGAGUUACUCAGUUGAAAUUUUACGUUACAUGCCAAAUGAACAUGCUACAGUGAUGAGUUGUAUAGUGUCAAAUGCAGAGCUUAAAGGCGGGGUAGGUAAUGUUGUUGAGAAGCAUUUUUGUCAUGUUUGCUGAAAUAAACUUCACAUCCUGAUAGAAACCAAUACAUCUAAAGGUUUGAGAGUAAAAUUAACUAAGUCAGAUAUCUGCGGGUGUUGUAGGACUGUAAUAAACACAAUCAUUGCAUUCGGACCGAAUCCAAUGAUUGGACAGGAUACUUGUCUGUCUACUUACCUACCUCCCAGCAGUAGUCAGGCAGUGAGUUCGUGUGAUUUGGAGAAGUGGUUUUGAAGGGAAGGACAUUGAAUCCUUUCAAACUCAAGCUACAACUGCUAGGUUCGCAAUACUUACCUACUCUGCCUUUAAACAAACUUUUUGUCAUUGAGUUACCCGAAUUAAAGAGUUUUGUAAAAUUCCCUGUGGUAAAGAAUAUAGGACAUUCUGACAAUGACAGACAAUAUCUGCAGGGUAUUGUAAUCAUUUCAUCACAGUGAGUUGAAUAUUGUUUCAAAAGUUAAUUGUGCUUAUUUUCUUUUCUUGAAUGAACUAACUGAACACUUUUUUUCUCCGUUUUGAAACAAAAUUGACAUAUUAUCAUGUACACAUGUUACGUACAGUAUAUAAAACGUGGUAUAAAAAUGCAGUAUAUAAAAAGACUGGUAUUACAUGAUAGAUCUUUGUAUUAAUGUGACUCUUAAGAAAAUGUCUUCAAACAAUCAGAUCAUCUUGUUUUUCACUUUGUCUUGUGUUAUAAAAAUGUGUGAGUUU